AUGACGACAAUCCAUGUUGAGAUUAAAAACAAUACUGCUCAGCCCGGAUCGAUUCAAAUAAACAAUCUCAACCUUACCCCAGGUAUAUUCGACAUUAUGCUAGAUAAAGCGACAGAAAGAAGCUCAUGGUUAUUCAUAGUGUAUUCCCCUGAAGACAUCGAUCGACUUUGCCUCCGCGCUCUACGAUGCCCUCCUGACUCACUGGCUAUAAAAAAUCGGUUAAAGAAGAAAGACAGGCUGCUUCACGAGUCAAUCGAAUGGAUUCUACAGGACCCGCAAUAUAAAAACUGGCAAACUGGAGACAAUGUCUGUCUCCUUUGGAUCAAAGGCGGCGCUGGUAAAGGGAAGACCAUGUUAUCGAUCGGUAUUAUCGAGGAGCUCUCGCGACUGCAACACGAAUCUACUAUCGUGACUUAUUUUUUCUGUCAAAAUUCCGACUGUGAGCUCAACACCCUUAGAGCAAUUAUCACGGGUCUGAUUCUGGGAUUAAUGAAUCAACAAACCACGCUAAGACAAUCUCUACGACGUCGCUGGGAUACUAUAAACGAUCGUUUCGAGGAGGAUGUCACUUCGUGGCGAACACUAUGGAACAUCUUUAUGGAGAUGUUGGAGUGGUGCAAGUGCCAGAGGGUAUACAUAAUUGUGGAUGCUCUUGAUGAGUGCCAAAGCGACGGCAUAGCCGACUUCUUCAAACUCAUUGUCCGAAAUGGACUAGAUCGCCCAGCUAAAAUAAAGUGGAUGUUGACAAGUCGGCCAUUGGAUGAUGCAGCCCGAGAAUUGCUAACUGGACAUGAGCAAGUUCUGGUCAGCCUAGAGCUUAACUCGAAAUAUGUUUCUGAAGCUGUGAAGACUUACAUCGCUUAUAAAGUGAACGAGCUUAGUCUUCGUCACAGAUACGGAGAAACACUAAAGCGAGAAGUACAAACCGAGCUUACUGAAAAGGCGGAGGGCACAUUUUUGUGGGUAAGCUUGGUGUGUAAGCAACUCGAGCGUGUCUGCCGAGACGAUGCAUUAACCACAAUUCAAAACUUGCCACUAGGUCUAAAUCCUCUUUAUGAUAGGGUGUUGAACCAGCUUAACGAGGGAGAGCUAGAUGAUGUACAGAGGUGUAUGCGACUGCUCAAAGUGAUGAUGCUAGCAUACCGACCUCUUGGAGUGGAGGAAGUUGGCAGUGUGACUGGCCUAACCGACGAAGAGGACGCUAUUAGAACGUCAGUUAACCGAUGUGCUUCAUUCAUCAGGAUGCAAGAAAGCAAAAUCGAGUUUGUUCAUCAGUCUGCCCGAGACUACCUAGCAGGGGAAAAAGGACAAUCUAUACUCGACUCAUAUGAACACUCAGGACACGAUGACAUUGCACUGAGCUGUCUGUCUCAGUUAUCCGAGCUAAACCCCAAUCUCCUUGACCUACCACGACCUGAUUCAACCAGGGAGACUUUAGAGACGUUGAAGGACGAGAAAAGAAAUUUUUUACUGGCUAGUGUGGACUAUGCAGCUACCUUCUGGGUGCAACAUCUCAAGGACGCCAAGAAAUCCACGGUAGACAACUAUCUAGCAUUGGCGCAUCUGCAGGACGCUACACGUUUUUUGUUACGACAUUACCACACUAUGGCGAAUUGGCCAUUACAGAUCUAUAGCUCCGCUAUCAUUUUCAGUCCUGAGUCAAGCGUCAUGAGGAGGGAAAAUAAGGACAAAAUUCCCCGAUGGCUAAGAAAACUUCCUCCUAUGGAAGAUACUUGGACAUCUUUGAUCCAGACACUAGCUGGCCACUCUAGGGAUGUCAACACCGUGGUCUUCUCACCAGAUGGCAAGCAGAUCGCCUCUGGCUCUAAUGACAAGACCAUCAAGCUUUGGGAUGCGACAACGGGUGAUCUUCAGAGGACACUAGCUAGCCACUCUAAGGAUGUCAAUACCGUGGUCUUCUCACCAGAUGGCAAGCAGAUCGCCUCGGGCUCUGAUGACAAGACCAUCAAACUUUGGGAUGUCACGACGGGUGAUCUUCUGAAGACACUGACAGGCCAUUCACAGCUGGUCUGCAGUGUGGCCUUCUCGCCGGACUGCAAUCAGAUCGCGUCUGGCUCCCAGGACAAGACCAUCAAGCUUUGGGAUGCCACGACUGGCGAUCUUCAGAAGACACUAGCUGGCCACUCUAAGGAUGUCAAGACCGUGGCCUUCUCACCGGACGGCAAUCAGAUCGCGUCUGGCUCCCUGGACAAGACCAUCAAGCUUUGGGAUGCCACGACGGGUGAUGUUCAAAAGACACUGGCAGGCCAUUCACAUUGGGUCCACAGUGUGGCUUUCUCACCGGACGGCAAGCAGAUCGUAUCUGGCUCCCGGGACAAGACCGUCGGGCUUUGGGAUACCACGACGGGUGAUCUUCAGAAAACCCUGACAGGCCAUUCACACUGGGUCCACAGUGUGGCUUUCUCACCAGACGGCAAGCAGAUUGUAUCCGGCUCUCGUGAUGGUCUCAUCAAACUUUGGGAUGUCAAAACGGGUAGUUUUCAGAAGACGCUAGGAGCCCGUACAAGUUGGCUUGGUUUUCGAUAUAUCCGUGGGUAUUAUUCUACAACCAUAGAACCUAGAACUUAUGAUGCUGUCUUUUCCGUGGUCUUCUCACCGGACGGCAAGCAUAUCGCGUCUGGCUUUCGUGAAAGGACCAUCAAGCUCUGGGAUUCCACGACGGGAGAUCUUCAGAAGACACCACCAGGCCACGCAAGCCCGGUCCUUCUCGUGGCCUUCUCACCGGAUGGCAAGCAGAUCGCCUCUGUCUCUAGUGACAAGACUGUCAAGAUUUGGGAUUCCACAACGGGUGACCUUCAGAAGACAUUAACAGGCAUUGACAAAUAUUUGAAAAUCCCGACCUACGUUCAUCGCGCUGGCAUUCCUCAGCUCUUCACAAAACCCCUUAGUCGCCAUGUAUUAGAGCCAUUACAUGGUAUCAGUCUCAGAAAUCAGUGGAUAUGCUAUGAGGGAAUUCCUUUCCUUCGUCUACCCAUAGAUUUCAUACCAUUAUGUCAUGAUGUGCUUGGCGAUCAAAUUACUUUUGGAUUUAAGAAUGGUCGAGUUCUGAUCUUUGACCUUGACCGAACUAGCUUACAGUCAACGUUGCGGAUUUCUCUAUAG